CAAAGCCUUUUGUUCAUGGCUAUCUUCGUUCAUCUUUUCAUUAUUCUCAUCACGACCGUCAUCUACGUUGUCUCCUUCCUCCUCGUCCGUUCUAGUCUUCUCCGGCGCCCCAGUCUACCACCGGGAGACUUGGGUUUACCUUUCAUCGGGGAGACCUUACAGCUUAUAUCUGCUUACAAGACCGAAAACCCCGAGCCGUUCAUCGACGAAAGGGUGAAACGUUACGGUUCGGUCUUCACGACCCAUAUUUUCGGCGAACCGACUGUGUUUUCAGCUGAUCCAGAGACGAACCGGUUCAUCUUGCAAAACGAAGGGAAGCUGUUCGAGUCUAGUUACCCCGGUUCGAUUUCGAAUUUGCUUGGGAAACACUCGCUGCUCUUGAUGAAAGGCAACCUUCACAAAAGAAUGCAUUCUUUGACCAUGAGUUUCGGCAGCUCGUCUAUUAUCAAAGAUCAACUCUUGGUCGAUAUAGACCGGUUAAUCCUGCUCAACUUGAAUUCCUGGACCGACCGUGUCCUCCUCAUGGAAGAAGCCAAGAAGAUAACUUUCGAGUUAACAAUAAAACAACUAAUGGACAUUGAUCCCGGUAAAUGGAGUGAAAGUUUGAGAAAACAAUAUGUUCUUGUUAUCGAAGGUUUCUUCACCAUCCCCUUGCCUCUAUUUUCGAUCACUUAUCGUCGUGCGAUCAAAGCGAGAAGGAAAGUGGCAGAGGAAUUGGGGAAGAUAGUGAGGGAAAGAAGAGAAGGGUAUGAAAGAGGUGAGAGGAAGAGUGAUAUGUUGGGAAGAUUAUUAGGGGAUGAGGAAAUUUCAAAUGAGGAAAUUGUGGAUUUCAUGGUGGCUUUGCUUGUUGCUGGCUAUGAGACUACUUCAACUAUCAUGACACUUGCUGUCAAAUUCUUGACCCAUACCCCUCUUGCAUUGGCUCAACUCAAGGAAGAGUACGAGGGGAUUAGGGAGAAGAAAAGCGAUUUUGAAUGGAGUGAUUAUAAGACAAUGUCAUUCACUCAGUGUGUUAUCAACGAGACGUUACGAGUCGCAAACAUUAUCAGUGGAGUUUUUAGACGAACAAUAACUGAUGUCAACAUAAAAGGUUACACAAUUCCGAAGGAAUGGAAGGUUUUCGCAUCGUUCCGAGCCGUCCAUCUUGAUCAUGAUCACUUUGAAGACGCUCGUACUUUCAAUCCAUGGAGAUGGCAGAAUGUCCCGGGGACGAGCUGUUCCGGAAAUUUUUACACACCGUUCGAUGGAGGACCUCGGUUAUGCCCUGGAUAUGAGCUUGCCAGAGUUGAAAUCUCUGUAUUCUUACACCACCUCGUAACUCAGUUCAGUUGGGUACCUGCCGAAGAAGAUAAGCUAGUUUUCUUCCCCACGACGAGAACACAAAAACGAUAUCCAAUCAAUCUGCAACGUCGAUGUUAA